UCUGGUGACAUCUGUGGUCUUCUCUCUCUUCCAUGCAAUUAUGUGUAUAGAGACACAGCUUGCUUUAUUCCAUUAGAUCUGAAAAAGACCAGUUACCCAACCUCAUACAUCAUUUUACUAAUUCCCAAUCACUCUCUUUGAUGAGGAUCACAGGUGCCCAUCAAACACACAAGAACCUCCCUUCCUUCUACUUCUCUUCCUUAUGCAUGAAAUCAUUCAAUUGCUGAGGAUGUUUGCCUCUGCAAAAGGAAACUGAAAACUGAAACUAACUAGCUUUCCCACCCCCCACAAGGCCAAAAACCAAACCUCCUUUAUUUUCUCUCGACUUUUCCUCCCUCUUUCUCUCCCCACUUUUACCAUGUCACCCGAUGACAUACCACCUUCAAAGCCCGCCACAGCAACAACAACGGACCAAGAGACCCAAAGUUCAGGCGGCAGAAAAGGCUCCUCCACUAGGCCCCAAGAGCAAGGCCUCAAGUGUCCACGAUGCGACUCACCCAACACCAAAUUCUGCUACUACAACAACUACAGCCUCACACAGCCAAGGCAUUUCUGCAAGACAUGUAGAAGAUACUGGACAAAAGGUGGGGCUUUGCGUAACGUCCCUAUUGGCGGUGGAUGCAGGAAGAACAAGAAGGUGAGGUCAUCGAGGCUUUCAUGUGACUCCAAGGACUCUGGUUCCUCCUCUUCAGACCUUGGUGGCCUCAAGUUCCUUCAUACUCUUCCUCCUUCCAUGGACUUUCACCUUGGAGGGUUACCCUUCCCUAGGCUUCACCAUCACCCUCCAGCAACUUAUAACCAAUUUUCCUCUUUUGGGGACACUUCCAGUCCUUCAUGUUUCAACCUUGACCCUUCUCCUGGCACCACCUCAAGUUCUUUCGCUGCUCUUAAUUACCCAUUUUCUUACAAUGGUGCAAUCCAAGGUAUGAGCGCUAUGAAUGUUCACAGUGGUCACGCCUCUUCCAUUGAGUCUUUGAGUUCUAUAAACCAGGACUUGCACUGGAAGUUGCAGCAGCAGCGAUUGGCAAUGCUGUUUGGUGGAGAUAACGGCCAGAAAGAUCACGGUGGUAAUGGUGGGGUGUCACCAACGAUUAACCACCUCGAGAACCAGACACAGAAACCACAACCCAUUUUGUUUCAAAAUCUUGAGGUUUCAAAGCAUGGGAUUUUCCCCGUUGAGAACUCUAGAAAAGAAAAUGGUCCAUGUGGGGACACACACACACCCUCCACUGAGUGGUUCUUUGGGAAUUCUUAUGCCUCGGUGACUCCUCCUACAGCUACUACUACCAGUAGUGGUGGCCCAGGGAAUGAUAAUGCAAGCAAUUGGAGUAGCGGUGUGAAUGCUUGGGGUGAUGUGCCGCAGCAAUAUACUGCUUUGCCCUAGCUAGCUAGAUGUGAAAGCACGAGGGAGGAUAAAGAGGAGUAAGAGGAUGGAAAAGCUUGUUAAUGUUACCGUUUCCCUGAAGACGUCAUUGGGAUCUGUGAUGGAAUUAUUUUGGCCUGUUAGGGUUUAAAAAUGGGGUAGAAUUGAAUGUGAUAUCUUUGAUUUGUUUUAUGUUCAGUGGUUGAUAUCCAAAACAAAACUUAUACAGCAUCAGCGUGUCCCUCUCUGUGUGUAUCAGAGAAUUGAGUCUCAGGCUCUUGAGCCACUGAUCAACGCUACACAAAACACGCAGUGGCUGGCCGUAGCUUUCGCUGCUUGGCCUCAUCUUAGCCUGCACUGUACUAUCAGCCCUUCUACCCUUCUUCUCUUCUCUCUCUCUCUUCCAAAAUAUCAUACAUGCUGCUGCUGCUGCUAAGACUAUUCGUAAUUAUUGUGGCAGUGUGGUGUGAUUUGGUGGUGUCUGAAAAAGUGGUGAUUUGAAAGUGAAUUGAAUGAAACACUGUCAACGUUUGAAUAAUAAGAGACAUAAAAAUAUGGUAUCUAAAGCUUAGGUUCGAUAUUUUUUUGGAGCAUUGGAUAAAAAUAUAAAAGUUAUGUUGUUUAGCUUUUUAGCGUGUUGGAGAGUGAGCCCUUUCAU